CAUGGCUGCCAUCUACCCUUAAAUGGCGACAUAUAUGAGUAGAGGGUAUUUCAAGGAGCGGCGCCCUCUAGCUGCCGGAGGACACAGUGUUGGUGUCGUGUAUUGUGCGCCGGAAGUGGUCAUUGUGAGCCGUGUGUGUCUGGAAACGAGCUGCAGCUAACGUUAUUGUAAACAUGGCGGCCUCCUCGUCCUCGGGAAGUGGCCCCGGGGGUUCAGGGCCAGGGAACCCCACAGGAGCUUCAGGUCUUACUGCGGCCAUAACCGGCACCAUGAAUAAGAAGAAAAAGCCUUUCCUGGGCAUGCCGGCCCCGCUGGGAUACGUGCCGGGCCUGGGAAGAGGUGCCACAGGUUUCACGACACGUUCUGAUAUCGGUCCUGCCCGUGAUGCCAACGAUCCUGUUGAUGACCGCCAUGCCCCACCAGGGAAGAGGACCGUCGGCGAUCAGAUGAAGAAAAAUCAAGCAGACGACGACGAUGAAGACUUGAAUGACACAAAUUACGAUGAAUUCAACGGCUAUGCUGGAAGUCUGUUUUCAAGCGGCCCUUAUGAGAAAGAUGAUGAGGAAGCAGAUGCGAUAUAUGCCGCCCUCGAUAAGAGAAUGGAUGAGAGGAGGAAGGAAAGAAGGGAGCAGAGAGAGAAAGAGGAAAUUGAGAAAUAUCGUAUGGAGCGUCCAAAAAUCCAGCAGCAGUUCUCUGAUCUGAAGAGGAAACUGGCAGAAGUCACAGAGGAAGAGUGGCUGAGUAUCCCUGAGGUGGGUGAUGCGAGAAAUAAGCGCCAGAGAAACCCACGCCACGAGAAACUGACGCCCGUCCCUGACAGUUUCUUUGCCAAGCAUCUGCAGACGGGAGACAGCCAUACAUCUGUUGAUCCACGACAGUCGCAAUUUGGAGGUUUGAACUCCCCAUUCCCGGGAGGACUGAAUACUCCUUACCCUGGGGGGAUGACCCCGGGGCUGAUGACACCAGGCAGUGGAGAGCUGGAUAUGAGAAAGAUUGGCCAGGCCAGGAACACGCUGAUGGACAUGAGACUGAGUCAGGUGUCGGACUCUGUGAGUGGUCAGACUGUAGUUGACCCCAAGGGAUACCUGACAGAUUUGAACUCCAUGAUCCCAACUCACGGAGGAGACAUCAAUGAUAUUAAGAAAGCUCGCCUUUUGCUGAAGUCUGUACGUGAAACGAACCCUCAUCACCCUCCUGCGUGGAUCGCCUCUGCCCGUCUGGAGGAGGUUACCGGAAAACUGCAAGUGGCGCGGAAUCUCAUUAUGAAAGGCACAGAGAUGUGUCCCAAGAGUGAAGACGUCUGGCUUGAAGCUGCUCGCCUGCAGCCGGGAGACACUGCAAAGGCUGUGGUGGCCCAAGCCGUGCGUCACCUUCCCCAGUCCGUCCGAAUUUAUAUUCGAGCUGCGGAACUGGAGACGGACCUCCGCGCUAAAAAACGUGUCCUGCGCAAAGCUCUGGAGCAUGUCCCAAACUCAGUGCGUCUCUGGAAGGCAGCAGUGGAACUGGAGGAGCCAGAAGACGCUCGAAUCAUGUUGAGUCGUGCAGUGGAGUGCUGCCCAACAAGUGUGGAGCUGUGGCUGGCGCUGGCCAGGCUGGAGACCUACGAAAAUGCCCGCAAAGUGUUGAACAAGGCACGAGAAAACAUCCCGACCGACCGACACAUCUGGAUCACGGCCGCAAAACUGGAGGAGGCCAACGGAAAUACAACAAUGGUGGAAAAAAUCGUUGACAGAGCAAUUACUUCUUUGAGGGCUAAUGGUGUGGAAAUCAACCGCGAGCAGUGGAUCCAGGAUGCGGAGGAGUGCGAUAAGGCAGGGAGCGUGGUGACAUGUCAGGCGGUGAUCAGGGCCGUUAUUGGCAUCGGAAUAGAAGAGGAGGAUCGGAAACACACAUGGAUGGAGGACGCUGACAGCUGUGUUUCUCACGGAGCCCUGGAGUGUGCCCGGGCAAUCUACGCUCACGCUCUACAGGUUUUCCCCAGCAAGAAGAGCGUGUGGCUCCGGGCAGCUUAUUUCGAGAAGAACCACGGAACAAGGGAGUCCUUGGAGACCCUCCUGCAGAGGGCUGUCGCCCAUUGUCCUAAAGCUGAGGUCUUGUGGCUGAUGGGUGCCAAAUCCAAGUGGUUGGCAGGUGAUGUUCCUGCGGCCAGAAGCAUCCUUGCCCUGGCUUUCCAGGCCAAUCCGAACAGCGAGGAGAUCUGGCUGGCAGCCGUGAAACUGGAGUCUGAGAACAAUGAGUAUGAGCGAGCGCGCAGACUGCUGGCCAAGGCGAGAAGCAGCGCCGCGACUGCCAGGGUCUUCAUGAAGUCUGUGAAGUUGGAGUGGGUUCUGGGGAACAUUCUGGCCGCGCAGGAGCUGUGCACAGAGGCCCUCGGUCACUACGAGUACUUCCCCAAGCUCUGGAUGAUGAAAGGACAAAUCGAAGAGCAGCAGGAGGAGGUGGAAAAAGCCAGAGAGGCGUAUAACGAGGGGCUGAAGAAAUGCCCCCAUUCCUCUCCUCUGUGGCUGCUGCUCUCCAGACUUGAAGAGAAGGUCGGGCAGCUGACGAGGGCCAGAGCUAUCCUGGAGAAAUCCCGUCUGAAAAACCCCAAGACACCGGAGCUGUGGUUGGAAUCUGUACGUUUGGAGUUCAGAGCCGGACUGAAGAACAUCGCGAACACAUUAAUGGCCAAAGCUCUCCAGGAAUGUCCAAACUCGGGUAUCCUGUGGGCCGAAGCCGUAUUCCUGGAGGCCAGACCGCAGCGUAAGACCAAGAGCGUGGACGCUCUAAAGAAGUGUGAGCACGACCCACACGUGCUGCUGGCCGUGGCCAAGCUUUUCUGGAGCGAGCGUAAGAUCACGAAGGCUCGCGAGUGGUUUCACCGAACCGUAAAGAUCGACUCGGAUCUCGGAGACGCCUGGGCGACUUUCUACAAAUUUGAGCUGCAGCAUGGAACGGAGGAGCAGCAAGAAGAGAUCUAUAAACGAUGCGAAAACGCGGAGCCGCGACACGGUGAGCUGUGGUGUGCGGUGUCCAAGGACAUUGCAAAUUGGCAACAAAAAAUUGGGGAAAUUCUCAUCUUGGUGGCUGCCAAGAUAAAGAACACAUUUUAAGUUGGUUUCCUCUCUGGACUCAGGGCUCUAAUGCAAAGCGAGCCUCCCCUGGAAGAGAAGACCCUCUGUGUAUUUGAUUUUUAUGUGAAUUUUUUUUUGUUUUAUGCCCGUACGCCAUCCUUCUGCACGCCCGGUCCCAAGCAAUGGGUCGAGCGUCAGCGGAUGGAUUAUUUUUUUUUCUCUCUACGCGUUUGACUUGCAGAGCCUAGAUAAUCGUAUUUGGAUUUUCUGUGAAAAUUCCGCACCUCUGUGAGCGGCUUUGUCCUUGCAAGACGGGAAAUAAACAAGUUUUUAACAGGAAAUACGUCCAAGAAAUGAUCUGGGAAAUUAGUAGUCGGUAGCAGUAAUGACCUAAAGCUGCCACUGGGUGGAGACAUCUACUAAUAACCCCCUCCGGAGUCCUGGUGAACUGGGUUUGCCUAAAGAAUGGGGGCAGUGUUUCCACAGUAAAGUUUCGGGGGGGGGGGGGUUAUUUUAUCUUAUAGUACGCUGCAAACACAACACCUAAUGAUUUUAAGGGGAAAAUGUAGGUUUUUAUUUGCUUGACAAAUAUGGAGCCUUGUUUUGUGUAAUCUGUGAUAUAGUAUAGAGCAGAUGACAUUAUAUACAAUAUAUAGACUUUAACUCCUCUCUGCUGUGUGUAAUAAACCUAAUGUCGGCAUUGGCAUUGA